AUGGCGCCCCGAAAGGCUGAAAAGCCUAACAUCCCCAUUCAACCAGUGCCCGAGAAGCGUGGUUAUGAAUUUGGUGGACCUCUAGGGGCCUUUGGUAUCGUCUUCGGACUGCCCCUCUUGGUGUACACCUUCACCUUUGUUUGCAACGACGUCACCGGAUGUCCCGCGCCUUCACUCCUCCAUCCCUCGACCCUCACCCUCGAUCAGUUGAAGCGGGAGGUUGGUUGGCCCGAGGAGGGCAUCGUCGGCCUCUAUGAUACCCGCGUCACCUUGUGGACACUCAGUUACUAUGUCUUCAGUCUGUUCCUGCAGGUCUUUCUCCCGGGACAGGAGGUGGAUGGUGUUUCUCUCGCGUGCGGUGGAAGACUCAAGUACAAAUUCAAUGCUUUCUCCUCCGCCCUCAUCAUCCUUCUGGGCUUGGCCACAGGAACCUACAUGUACGGCGCCAAUUUUGUGGUAUGGACCUUUUUGUGGGACAAUUAUAUCCAGGUCAUCACGGCCAACCUGUUGAUUGCAUCAUCGGUCGCAAUGUUCGUCUACCUGAAGAGUUUCACGGUUCCCCAGCCAGGCCAGCUGAACCACGCACUUCGCGAACUCGCUCCCGGCGGUCACACAGGGAACCCUCUCUACGAUUUCUUUAUCGGCCGAGAGCUCAACCCUCGUAUCCGUCUACCGAUCCCCUUUGUGAGUGAGGCGUCGCGCACGCUGGACAUCAAGGUCUUCAUGGAGAUGCGCCCCGGCUUGCUGGGCUGGACCAUUCUAAACCUGUCUAACGUGGCUCACCAAUACCGCACCUACGGAUACGUCACCGACUCGAUCGUCCUCGUCACCAUCUUCCAAGCCUUUUACAUUUUGGACGCUCUGUACAUGGAGCCCGCGAUUCUCACCACCAUGGACGUGAUCAUGGAUGGAUUCGGAUUCAUGCUGUCCUUUGGUGACGUCGUUUGGGUCCCCCAUAUCUACAGCAUUCAAAGCCGAUAUCUGGCCGUCUUCCCUCUUGAGCUUGGAUGGAGCGGCAUGGCCCUCGUCCUGAGCGCCACCGCGGUGGGAUAUGCCAUCUUCCGCGGGGCCAACAACCAAAAGAACCGCUUCCGCACCGACCCCAACGACCCGCGCGUCAAGCACAUCAAGUUCAUCGAGACCAAGAGUGGCUCCAAGCUGAUGAUCUCCGGUUGGUGGGGUCUCGCACGACACAUCAAUUACCUGGGUGACUGGAUCAUGUCAUGGUCCUAUUGCCUCCCCACCGGUGUCGCUGGGUAUACCCUUAUUCAGAGCAUCAACCCUUCCACGGGCGCCGUCCAGACGCAGGCUGUGCAGACCCCAGAGGUCCGUGGCUGGGGCAUGAUCUUUACGUACUUCUAUAUGCUCUACUUUGGCGUUUUGCUGAUUCACCGUGAAAUGCGUGACGAGGAAAAGUGCAAGAAGAAGUACGGCGCCGAUUGGGACCGUUACACUUCAAUGGUUCGCAGUCGCAUCAUCCCCGGGAUUUACUGA